AUGCCACGACGCCUGAAAGCCAUCUACAUAAUUUCAUCCUUCACUUCAUUUGCAGACCUAGGCUUGCACCCAGAUCCAGCGUGGAAAGUCUCGUCUUCGCAUCUGCUCGGCCAAUCCAUCGUUAUGGUUGCCUUUACUUUCACUUCUUUGGCACUUCUCGCCUUGCAGACUCUCAGCGUCCUCGCUGCUGAUGAAGUAACUGCAGACACUCUGGCCGAAGGUGUCGAGGGCAGCAUCAAGCUCGCCACCGUCGCGAGGUUUCCACAGUCUGAAAUAUUUGGUGUGAAGCUCGUGAAUGGACAUCCGACUCAAUGCGUGAUUGACGUCCAGAACAAUGAACUCGAACCUGUUACCGUUCUCCUCGUCGGUGGUUCUCUGAAUACGAUCAAUGGUCCUGAUCAGAUUGUCCGCAAUCUCACCAUGCAGCGCCCCGGUGUUCAGAUUCCAGCUGGGGAGAAACAGAGCAUCACAUACAGCUUCGCCACAGAGCUUCAUCCUCAAGACCUUCGCCUUCACCUUACAAGCGUCGUCCAAGACUCAAAGGAUGGGAUCCACAUUGUUCAGGUUUACAACGAGACUGUCUCCGUGGUUGAGGCGCCCACCAGCAUCUUUGAUCCUCAAAUCAUCUUCCUCUACAUCGUCCUCGCUGCAGCCUUCAGUGGUACGUGCUACUUCAUUUACAGUACCUGGUUCGCGACUUUAUUCCCCCAAAAGCGCCGUGGUGGCAAAGGCGGAGAGCGCGCCAAAUAUUCGUCCAACGGCUCAAAGAAGGUCGACCCAACCGACCAGGCUUCAGUCGUUGGUGCGGAUGGACCUGCUGUUACCAGUGGCUCCAAGGUAUACGAUGAAAGCUGGAUCCCUGCCUCCCACUUGCAGCGCCCUGAAGCUCGCCGCAUCGGCAGUGGCAGAAGCACACCCAAGACGAAGCGCGCCGCCUAA